AUGCCUCGCAGGGCUGCUGAGGAAAUGACCGGAGGAGGCGAGCGUGCGAAGUCGUCACUGGAGAAGCGGGCUCGUCAUGACCAGAACGCAAGCAGCAAUGACGUGGAGGGCGGGGAGACGCCGAACAAUGGCUCUGACGUGGCCGGUCGCCCCUUCUCCGACUUUGACCUGCUGCCAAGCACGGUUGAGGUCCUCAAUAGGCAGGGCAUUACCACACUUUUCCCUGUCCAGGCUCUCACCUACGAGGCGAUCAUGAAAGGGUCUGAUGUCUUGGUGCAGGCGCGUACCGGGAGCGGCAAGACGCUUGCCUUUGCCAUUCCCAUCGUCGAGAAACUCAGCCGCAUGGCGAAGGGCAAGGAACCCCCUGUGCGGGGACGCGGUCCUGCCGCCGUCGUUUUCUGCCCCACCCGCGAACUGGCCAUCCAGGUGCGGGACGUCAUUGCUGGCAUCAGUAAGGGAUUCGUCGUCUCCGCACUCUACGGCGGUGUGGCGUACAGCACGCAGGAGAGGGUGCUCUACAGUGGCGUGGACGUCGUCGUGGCGACGCCGGGGCGUGCGAAGGACUUUUUGGAAAAAGGCACACUCCGCUUUGAUCGUGUGAGUGUGGUUUGCCUCGACGAGGCGGAUCACAUGCUGGAUAUUGGCUUCAAGGACGACAUUGAGCUCCUCCUACAGAAGGUGGCGGAGCAAAACGGGUCGACGGAGGAAAAGGCAAGCCAUCAGACCCUCUUGUUCUCCGCCACAGUGCCGGACUGGGUUCACACCUGCUCCUUCAUCUCGCGAAACAAGGAGUUUAUUGACAUGGUUGGGCAAGGAACGAUGCGUGCCGCCAACACGAUCAAGUUUUACCGCCGCAAGUGUCACUUCAGUGAGGUGUCAUGCAUGCUGGCAGAUCUCAUAAAGGUGUAUAGUGGGCGUCACGGUCGCACGCUUGUCUUUACGAACACCAAGAAGGACUGCCAUGAUUUGUCCAUUAAUAACACCAAGCUGGACUCUCAGUCGUUGCAUGGCGACAUGCAGCAGGAGCAGCGGGAGAGCACCAUGAAGAGUUUUCGGGACAACAAGUUCGGUGUUCUCAUCGCCACCGAUGUGGCGGCCCGUGGCUUGGAUCUGCCCAUGGUGGACCUUGUCAUCCAGUGCGCCCCUCCCAGCGACAUCGACGCCUUCAUUCAUCGUGCCGGUAGGACAGGCCGCGCUGGUCGCAAGGGUGUCUGCGUGCUCUUACAUCAGCCGAAGGACGAGUACAUUGUGGAGCGCAUUGAACGGCAUGCGAAGAUUAAGUUUGAGGUGCUUCCCGCGCCGACGCGGGACGAGAUUCUCAAGGCCGUCGCAAGAGACGCUGCGGAGGACUUGGCGCGGGUGGAGCGCGGUGCCACCAACCUCUUCAUGGAUCAGGCCGCAGAGUUACUGAAGGACGCAGAUGCGACGGAGAUUCUGGCCUCCGCCAUUGCAGUUAUGAGCGGCUACACCAGCAGCAUCACACGACGUGGUCUAAUCACUGGGGCGAAGGGCUCUGUAACGGUGCAAAUGUUGGGGCAGCGCACCCUGCCUAUUCCUGUCUUCUGCAGCAUUCUCCGCAACAGCCUCGGCGACAACCUCUUCACGCGAUGCAGAGACAUUACACUUUUGCAGGAAACACCUGGAUGCGUCUUUGACGUCCCGGAGGAGGCGGCGGACCAGAUCCUCGCAACCCCCAUCCGUGGAAUGGAACUCAGCGUCAUUGAGACCCUGCCGCCCAUCAUUGCACGGGAGCUGAACAGCGGCAACCGUGGCGGCGGCGGUGGCGGCCAAGGCCGCUUUAACGGCCGUGGAGGCGGCGGCGGCGGCGGCUACCGCGGUGGUUACAACGGCGGAGGCGGCUACCGCGGUGGUUACAACGGCGGCGGCGGCUACCGCAGUGGUUAUAACGGUGGCGGUGCCCGUCGUGUCCAGCGGCGCUACUAA